AUGACGGAUCCACGAUCGUCAUCAGCUCUUUUUAAGAGAGCCGAGCAGUUGAAGAGAUGGGAGGAAUCCGACACCAACAAACAGUCACCGUUGCCAAAGCGCGCUUCAAGGAUCCAAUUUUCAUCCGGUAUCGUAUUCCUGGCGGCGUGUACGGCUGGUGACAAGGACGAAGUACAGCGUCUGUUGAAAAUGGGCGCCGAUAUCAAUACAGCGAACGUGGAUGGCCUCACAGCUCUGCAUCAGGCGUGUAUCGACGAUAACCUAGACAUGGUAGAGUUCUUGGUGAGUCACGGUGCCGACGUGAACCGAGGUGACAACGAGGGCUGGACCCCAUUGCACGCGACCGCCUCCUGUGGCUUCCUCAGCAUAGCCAGGUAUCUGUUGGAGAACGGCGCGGACGUGGCAGCUGUGAACUACGAUGGAGAGCUACCAGUCGAUAUUGCCGAUUCACAUGAUGCUAUGGAGGAGCUACUCCAGAAAGCCAUCGAAGAAAAAGGUGUUGACUGUGACAAAUGCCGUAACGCUGAAGUUGACACCCUGAUGGCUGAUGCAAAGAACUGGGCUGUGAAUGGUUAUGUUGAAGUGCGGGAUCCGAAAACCGGGGGUACACCACUGCAUGUUGCUGCGGCUAAGGGCUACCUUGAUGUGGCGAAAACCCUUCUUGAAGACUGUAACGUGGAGCCGGACUGCGUGGACUACGAAGGUUGGACGCCAUUACAUGCGGCUGCAUUAUGGGGACAGAAGGAGGCGGCCGCGCUUCUGCUGAAAUAUGGGGCAGACCCCAACUUGAAGAAUUACUCGGGUCAAACAUGCAUGGAUCUCGUGGAUCCGAGCAUAUCUUCGUGGUUAGCAGAGGCUUCGUUGAAGGCGCCGCGUCGCGUUAACAAUAACAACAAUAACAAUAACAACAAACGCAAACGCAGUCCACCUCGACAUGAUGUCAAGCGUGUCGAGUUGCAGAUCACUGGCCAGACAGAUAACAUUAUUAAUGACAAGCCACCAGCGGCACCGGAGAUAAUAACAAAAAUGGCUGAAGGCAAACCACCGAAAGGUCGCGCUCCGUCACCAGAAACCACUGAGACAUCAGAGAACGCCCCUGUUACUGACGAGGCACCUUCGUGGCGCCGUUCGGCUUCCUUCAGGAAAUUAGCGGACUCAAAUCGUGAAAACAAGCUGGCAAAUAAUAUGGACAACGACACAAUACUACGGAGGACCCACAGUUUCGAAAAUGAUAAGACUUUCUAUCAACGAUAUCGCGAUGUGACGGCACGAAUAAAGGCGACGUCGUGUCCGUCUAUACCGCCACUACCGCAGUCGACGUUGGCAGCAAUCGAGCUCAGGAAAAAAGCUCAGGAGGCUACUAACAAUGCGUCAGAGAGUACUAACGAAGAUGUUCAGAUCAGAGUUAGUCCGACGGAGCGUAGAGAAAGAGAAACGAAUACGUGGAAUACACCUACAAAUGCAAGCACUACUACUAACUCGACCCCGACUAAUACCACUACGCAGACAACUGUCAGAAGCUCCGCGGAGAGCGUAGAGUCAAACAGUAGCAAUUCAACUCCGAGCGCUGCCACGCCCACCAAAUUGUCGCCCGGGAACAUUUUCAAGAAUUUCUUCAAGUCUUUCGUGCCCCCUGUUCGGGACGAGGAAAGUGAAACUCAAAGGAAAGCACACGCGAAACGCGUACGUGAAACACGACGGUCAACGCAAGGGGUAACUUUGGACGAGAUAAAGUCUGCGGAACAAUUAGUUAAGAAGAAGACGGGUAAUGGUACAACUGAGGUUCCUCUGUCCACCAACGUGAAGAAGGUCGAAGAUACGCCGACAACCAAUACUGACAAUAGUUCGACGCGAGGCGUGAACGCGAGCGGCGGAGACGUCGCGGUAACGUUAGCGCUGGCGUGCGCGUCCGCCACCGCGACAGCGACCAUCGCCGCGAACAGCGAGCGACGCCCCUCGUGGCGGUUGCGCCUCGACCCCACCAACAAGUUUGAACUGGAGGAUGCGGGCCGUGUAUCGCCAAGGCCUGCUUCUACGAACAUGACGACGGCCACAACCGCGGCAGAAGCGACGGUCACGCUGCCGUUGCGACGUCCGCCGUCCGCAUCCACAGCAAACACCACAAACGUAACCAACACCACCAUCGCCUCACACAAGGAGGAGAAUCGUAGCGAAGAGAAGGAGAAAGAUCGGGAGAGCAGUUCUGAAAGUAAAUCCUCAAGCAACGCGUCCCCAGCGAGUACGCAAGCUGCACUCAAUGUUAUACAGCGUCGACGUCGGCCCAAACGACGAUCCACCGGCGUCGGCCAUGUUGACAUGGACGACAUUGUUAACGACCGCGGCGGAGGCGGUGAAGGCGACGGAGAUAUAGACAAUGUUCAGUCUGGCAGCGAAAGGACGGAAGAUGGGGAUGAAAAAGACUACAAAGCACUCUACGAAGCGUCACAAAGUGAAGUACGCCGCCUUAGAGCCUUACUUGCCACUUCCGAACAACAACUGCGAGAGGCGCGCGCGACUAUCACUAGGCUUUCACAAGUGAAUCAAAACUCGCUGUCUGAAAUCGACAAGAGAGAAAAACGGGCCAUGGAGCGAAAAUUGUCCGAGAUGGAAGAAGAAUUAAAGCAAUUGCAAAAACUAAAAGCCGAGAACGAAAGGCUGAGAGCUGAGAACCGUGCCCUAACGCGGGUCGUGAGCAAAUUGACCAACUCUGCAUCGAAAUAG